CGUGGACGAAGAGGAUCAGGCACACGGUUUUCGAGUCCGUGUCUACGAUGGCGGCGAUGGUGGUCGUCCUGUUGCUGGGGCUUCUCCAGCUUGCCGUUCCUGGACUUGCUCAAAGUCCGCCAUCUGGUACGGUAAAGAUGGAGAGCUACAGCUAUAGUGGCUCUGGCUGUCUGCCUGGAAGUGUAGAGGGCGCACUCUCCUUCGACGGAACGGUGCUCACUGUAUUUUUCGCGGAGUACGAGGCGUUCACCCCAGGAAGUCCAGAUGACCAGGUGAAGAAAUGCCUACUGGCCGUCAAGCUGAUCUAUCCUACUGGGUUCGCGUUUUCUCUGGAGAGUGUGAAAGUCACAGGGAUGAUCGCCCAUUUCGAGGAAGGCGUCAAGGGUUCACUGGAAGUCGGCUACUACUUCUCAGCUAUCCCAGGGGCAGUCAGAACCCUGCGCAGGUUGUUACCUCCCGUCGACGACAGCUUUGAGUUCGACGAUGACUUCUUAACAUUUAUCUAUGCACCGUGUGGCAGUGCGUUGACGACGCUCAAUGUCGAUUCCGAGGGCGGGCGGUGGUUCGACAUCAACAAGCUACUUGGAGAGAAGCGAAAUGAGCAAGCGGGAGGCGAUCAGCCUGGAGAUUAGUGGAUUAAUGUAUCGUUCCGCAGCUGCAUUGUAUUGUCCGGGGCGCGUCACCGAGCGUG